AUGGCACACAAUGCGGAAACCAGCUUCUUGGUUGAUCGACUGAUUAAGGCCUUAAUCGGAGAUCCGUCAGAGGCUGAUGUUGACCGCUGUAAGCGUUCAGCAUUGCGCACUCUGGCAAACAGUCAUUCUCCGCGUAUCAAUCAAUUCGAGAUCACUGCUCGAUUGGAGGGUUUGGAGGAGAAAUGGAGGAUCCUCAACAAUGAUGUACUAGCAGACGCCUUGGAUCUGCGACGAGCAGAACUGUCUGUAACGUCAAACAGAUGGACUCCGGAGAUUUUAUCGCUUUUUUUACAGCUAUCGGACAGACCAACUGACCAUCCAAAUCUUGCGCAUCUGGCAUCGCUGAAGCCUGAGCUUCCAUCUGCGCCAUUGACAUGGGCCGAUAUCGUAGCUGAAGACCCAUUGGAUGACCAGGAUGGUAUCUGGAAGAAUGUGGAUUUUACGGCAGAUGAUUCGGACGAUGAUGAGCGGAUUGAAUCAUUUCACUCUGAUCCUUCAGUACUCACGCCGGAGUCCAGCGUAAUUGGACAAGAGGUCGGAGCUUGCAUCGAAACACUGAUUGAGCCUAUUUCGCCUCGGGAAGUUCAAAUUGCGCACAUCUGGAAUUCGCAAGAUGCCGAUAAGUUUGACUUGAUUCGCGAGGAAGACGAAGACCGUAGGCCAAAGACGAUCUUGACUGAGCUGCAGGCGGGACGGGAAGUCAUCUUCUUACUCCUUGGGUUACCAACGUCUAUCUUCAGUCAAGGGGACGAAGGGCAGACUACCGUGUCGAGAGCGGAUUUUCUAGAGCAUGCCUCUCAUGAAUCAUUGACUAGUCUAUUGGCAGGAUUUGCUGUAAUUGCUAAUAAGCUGCUCAGCGUCCGACAGUGGGUUGGAAAGGACGAGAGGAUUCCACUCGAACAGACUUUUCAAGCGACCCUUACCUCACGCCUAAAGAUUGUUGACCGUGCCUUGUCUGCAAUACAAACCAAGAUCCUCUCCCUUGGUGCCCAAUCAUUUCCAAGUCUCUUGGCGCUCUACGAUGAGACUUCCAAUAUCAGCCGACUCUUACUACAGGUAUAUGACGUUUUGCUGGAAUUGGACGUUCAUCCAAAGCUCGAAAGGCCUUUCCGCAUACUCGAAUGCUUGUUCGAUAGAACAUGUAUCAACCAAGGCAUUGGAGAUGCAGAAGGUUAUGAGUACAUGGCCAAUCUGUUCUUCGACUGUUUUCAGACGUACCUUAAGCCUCUACGAUUGUGGAUGGAAAAAGGUCAGCUCACAGGGCGCGAUGGGGUCAUAUUCAUCAAAGAAGACAAGAAAAAGGUUCAUUUGAACUCCGUGUGGCAAGAUUCAUAUCAUCUCAUCAAAGAUAGCAAUGGUGUCUUGCACGCUCCAAAAUUUCUCCAUGUAGCAGCGAAGAAAAUUUUCAAUACUGGCAAAAGUAUCGACUUUCUAAGACGUUUGGGGUGGGAAGACCAUGAUCUGAAACAAGAUCCGGCAAAAGAGCUUGCAUUGACCUACGAAUCUGUCUGUCUGUCAGCGGAUCUUGGCCUGUUCAGUCCUUUCGCCGAGCUUUUCGACAUGGCCCUCGAUAGGUGGAUUGCCAAUAAGCAUCAGGCAUCUUUGUUGGAGCUUCGUGCCCAACUUGAUUCGCGUUGUGGCUUGCAAUCAUCGUUGGAUGCCUUAGAGUAUAUCUACUUCGAUAAAGGCGCAUUUUGCACCAACGUCAACAACCGGAUCUUCGAGAAAAUAGAUCGCGGGAAUCCUCGAUGGAAUGAUGGCUUCACUAUGACUGCAUUAUUCCAAGGGGCUUUCAAAUCUAUUCCCUGCAUUGAUAUUGAUCGGCUUGAGAUCUGUCCGAGUCCAGCAACCCAACAGGAUUCAAAUAGAGCACGGCGCUCCAUGAGCGUUCUUGAGGGUAUUCGGGUUUCGUACACUCUUCCUUGGCCCGUUGCGAACGUUAUCAGAACAGAUUCCAUUGAACUCUACCAGCGUGUCUUCGUCUUCCUGACCCAAUUGCAGAGAGCGAAGUAUCUGCUCCAGCGGCAGAAAAUCGCAAAAAGCGUGCAAGCAACAGACAAGAAGCCACUAUUACAACUUUACACACUUCGCCACCGCCUCCUCUGGAUGACAAACACAAUGCUGACUUACAUCACUAAUAUGGUCCUUUCAGUGGCUACUGCUGACAUGCGUAUCGCCAUGGAUCGAGCUCAGGAUGUUGACAGUAUGAGCGCAGUCCACCAGGCUUACAUCACAAAACUCGAAGAUCAAUGCUUUUUGCUGAAAAAACACGCGUCUAUUCGCCAAGCUAUCGUAUCAUUGCUUGAUCUAACAAUUCUUUUCUCAGACCUGCAUGCCUCCUAUGCUACCAGACAGAUAUCCUCUGACUGGGAGAGUAGCUUCACAAUUACAAAAGCCAACCAAAAGCAUGCAAUUCAUUUCAAACAGGAAAAGCUGGCCAAAGCAGCCUCAGACGAUGAGGACACCGAAUCCGAUUCUGACGACUCCAGUCCCUGUUCCGCUUUGCAUGCGGAGCUUCCGGAUGCUGGUAGGCUGAAGCAAAUGCUCGACACCUUCAGGAGUCUGCAUGGUUUUGUGACCGUAGCAGUGAGAGCAAUCAGCAAAGCUGACAGUACACCUUCAUGGGAAAUGCUUGCCAGUAAUCUAGCUAUGGGGCUGGAAAAGUGA